AGUGCUGUUUUUCAGUGCUGUGUACUAGACAGUGGAGAUGUUGUGCUAGACAGCUCGUUCUGCUUUAACGGACUCCUCCCUCUGACCUUUGGUUUUGGAUCUUGUUGUCCUCUCUCCACAGCCUACCUGUUCAGUGCAGCCGCCUUAGCCUCCAGGAAGGUGGCAGAGACAGCCCAGAAUCUCCGCAGAUCUGUGGAGGGACAUCCGAUCAUAGACAGGACGAUACUGGGGGAUUUUAAGAAGGAGCAGGAGAGGUUCCUACAAGAAAAACAACAAACCAAACUCGUUUCUAGCAUUGGAAAAGCACGGCUUUACAGCUUUACAGACCCAGAGGCUGCCGUCCCUCCCUGGUCUGGAUGCAGUGACGAAGAGACUGUUAAACAGCAGAUCCUGGCUUUGUCCCUAGAUCGGAGGAACUUCCUGCGUGACCCCCCGGCCGGAGUUCACUUCCCCUUUGACUCCAGCCAGGCCACCCCGGUGGCCAUGGCAACGCUGCGGGAGGACAGCAUGUUGAGCAGCAUGCGCUUCGAGCUGGUGCCUAGACAGGUGAAGGAAGAGGUGUUCUGGAGAAACUACUUCUACCGUGUGUCUCUGAUCAAGCAGGCAGCACAUCUGUCAUCCCUGACCCAGGAGCACAGGGAGACUAGGAGGCUCCCAGGCAGCCAGGCCAGCGCAGAACUGCCUCACCCUGUGCCCACAGCGUUUAGGGAGGCAGGCGGUGCUCCAGAGCAGCCAGUCAGUCUGGACAGCCUGUCUGCCAGCCCUCCUGAUGGAGAAUUCAUCAGUGACACUUUCAGAGCUACAGCCCUCAGCCAGGAGGAUGUGAUCAGGGCCAGGGAGCAGCUUGGCAUGGGUGGCACAGUGCCCAGUCACACUGGCACAGACAGUGGGGACAUCCCGGAGUGGGAGCAGGAGCUGCAGAAGGAGCUGCAGGGCUUCGACCUGGCAGAGGAAGGGGUGCCCCUGGACGAGGACUGGGAGGUGGAGAUUGAGGAGAUGCUGCAGGGCUACGAGUAGCGAUUCCAGGCCUCCACUGCGGCUCCCCGUUCA